AUCGAUUACUGUUAUUAAAAAUGGCUGAAGAAGAUCACACCUUUGAGACCGCCGAUGCCGGUGCCGCUUUGACCUACCCAAUGCAAUGUUCUGCUUUGAGAAAGAACGGUCACGUUGUUAUCAAGUCUAGACCAUGUAAGAUUGUCGACAUGUCUACCUCUAAGACUGGUAAGCACGGUCACGCCAAGGUCCACUUGGUUGCCAUUGAUAUCUUCACUGGUAAGAAGUUGGAAGAUUUGUCUCCAUCUACCCACAACAUGGAAGUUCCAAACGUUUCCAGAACCGAAUUCCAAUUGUUGGACAUCGAUGACGGUUUCUUGUCUUUGAUGACCCAAGACGGUGACACCAAGGACGAUGUCAAGGUCCCAGAAGGUGAAUUGGGUGAAAAGAUCCAAUCCGAAUUCGACGAUGGUAAGGACUUGUUGGUUACUAUCAUCUCUGCCAUGGGUGAAGAAGCUGCCAUUUCCUUCAAGGAAGCCCCAAAGCAGUAAGUUGACUGAAGCUGGGUAUUCCUUGGAGAUGUAAUAUAUAUAAAUACCAGGGAGACUAGAAGUAGUUCGAUUUAUAAUGUCGUUUUUACAUAGGCUUCAUUUGUAGGCGUAAUAGUUUCAAAUAAAGAUCAAUGGUAG